CCCGGAAGUAGGUGAUGGAUCGGAUGGAUAUUCGGAUGUCGUUGAUUCAGCAGCUUUUGAAGUUGCGUACGUAGAUUCACUUUUUUCUUCUCUUUCCAGUGACCAGUAAAAAGCACUCUUUCUUUAGGCUCACCAACCCCGUGGCACCAUUCGCCUUCUGAUUCAUGCCACCAUAAACAACACUACAGCGAAGAUUGCCAACCCACGAGAUGGAUCGUGCUCGUAAGCUCGCCAACCGCCCAAUUCUACGCCGGCUGAUUUCAGAAGCAAAUCAGCUUCGCGCGGCAGCCCAAAAGCCGACCCCCUCAUUCUACAUGCCGGCUAGGUACCGCUCCUCCCUGACCAAACACGCAUUCCGCACUCGGAUCGCUGACCCCUGCGCGUCCUGGAAAGGAUUUCACGCUCAGCAGGCCCGCUCCAUCUCCGUCGAGUCUCUGAAACCCAGCGACUCCUUCCCGCGCCGCCACAAUUCUGCCACCCCGGAUGAGCAAUCCAAGAUGGCAGAGUUUUGCGGCUUCCCGAGUCUAGAUGCUCUCAUCAAUUCCACUGUGCCUCAGGCGAUUCGUAUCGAGUCCAUGGAAUUUCCCAAAUUCGACAACGGGCUCACAGAGGCUCAAAUGAUCGAGCACAUGAGGGAUUUGGCCUCAAAGAACAAGGUUUUCAAGUCAUUUAUAGGAAUGGGGUAUUACAAUACCUUCGUGCCUCCUGUGAUCCUGAGGAAUAUUAUGGAAAACCCCGGUUGGUAUACUCAGUAUACACCCUACCAGGCUGAGAUUUCACAAGGCCGUCUGGAAUCCUUGCUGAAUUUUCAAACCAUCAUCACAGAUCUCACAGGUUUGCCCAUGGCCAAUGCGUCUCUGUUAGAUGAAGGCACUGCAGCUGCAGAGGCAAUGGCUAUGUGUAAUAACAUCCAAAAGGGAAAAAAGAAAACUUUUGUUAUUUCCAGUAAUUGUCAUCCCCAAACUAUUGAUGUGUGUAAAACCAGAGCUGAUGGGUUUGAGAUUAAAGUAGUGACUGCUGAUGUUAAGGACAUUGAUUACCAGCUUGGGGACGUUUGUGGAGUUUUGAUUCAAUAUCCAGGGACUGAGGGAGAAGUUUUGGACUAUGGGGAAUUCAUCAAGAAGGCACACACCCAUGGGGUGAAGGUUGUAAUGGCCACAGAUUUGUUGGCUUUGACAGUGUUGAAACCUCCAGGUGAAUUUGGUGCAGACAUUGUUGUUGGUUCGGCUCAGAGGUUUGGUGUUCCCAUGGGGUAUGGAGGUCCUCAUGCUGCUUUCUUGGCCACAUCCCAAGAGUACAAAAGGAUUAUGCCCGGGAGGAUAAUUGGGGUUAGUGUUGAUUCGUCGGGGAAGCCGGCUCUGCGUAUGGCAAUGCAGACUAGGGAGCAGCAUAUUCGUAGGGAUAAGGCUACCAGUAACAUUUGCACUUCUCAGGCGUUGCUAGCCAAUAUGGCUGCUAUGUAUGCUGUUUACCACGGACCAGGAGGGCUUAAAACAAUUGCCCAACGUGUUCAUGGUCUUGCUGCAGCUUUUGCUUCCGGAUUGAAAAAGCUCGGGACUGUGGAAGUCCAAAGCCUUCCCUUCUUUGACACAGUGAAGGUUGUGUCUACUGAAGCAAAAGCAAUUGUGGAAGCUGCUUACAAAAACAGGAUUAACCUGAGGAUUGUGGACAACAAUACUAUCACUGUUGCUUUUGAUGAGACGACCACUUUAGCAGAUGUUGACAAGCUAUUUGAAGUUUUUGCUUGUGGAAAACCCGUGCCAUUCAGUGCCCAGUCUAUUGCACCGGAGGUUCAAUACGCAAUUCCUUCUUCUCUUGUAAGGGAGAGUCCAUAUUUGACACACCCAGUAUUCAACAUGUACCAUACGGAGCAUGAGUUGCUCAGGUACCUUCACAGGCUGCAAGCCAAGGAUCUUUCUCUGUGCCACAGUAUGAUUCCACUUGGGUCCUGUACUAUGAAACUGAAUGCAACAACUGAGAUGAUGCCAGUGACAUGGCCUGCCUUUGCAGAUAUUCACCCAUUUGUGCCCACUGAACAGGCUGCAGGGUUCCAGGAAAUGUUCAAUGAUUUGGGUGAGCUAUUGUGUACAAUUACUGGAUUUGAUUCUUUCUCCUUGCAACCUAAUUCUGGUGCAUCAGGAGAGUAUGCUGGAUUGAUGGUCAUCCGUGCAUAUCAUUUGUCAAGAGGUGAUCAGCACCGCAAUGUAUGCAUUAUACCCGAAUCAGCACAUGGAACAAAUCCUGCAAGUGCCUCCAUGUGUGGAAUGAAAAUUGUAGCUAUUGGAACGGAUGCAAAAGGAAAUAUUAAUAUUGAAGAGCUAGAGAAGGCUGCCAAGGCGAAUAAGGAUAACCUGGCUGCUCUUAUGGUUACUUAUCCUUCAACACAUGGUGUCUACGAGGAAGGCAUCGAUGACAUAUGUAAGAUAAUUCAUGACAAUGGUGGUCAAGUUUACAUGGAUGGAGCAAACAUGAAUGCCCAGGUUGGUUUGACAAGUCCAGGCUUUAUUGGAGCAGAUGUUUGCCAUCUUAAUCUCCACAAAACAUUCUGCAUUCCUCAUGGUGGUGGUGGUCCGGGCAUGGGUCCCAUUGGUGUAAAGAAACAUCUUGCACCAUUUUUGCCCUCACACCCUGUGGUUCCAUCCGGAGGUAUCCCAUCCCCUGAAAAGAGCCAGCCUUUGGGUACCAUCUCAGCUGCUCCUUGGGGUUCUGCCCUUAUAUUGCCGAUAUCAUAUGCCUAUAUUGCCAUGAUGGGCUCAAAGGGACUUACUGAAGCAUCAAAGAUUGCCAUCUUGAAUGCUAACUACAUGGCUAAACGUUUGGAGAGCCACUAUCCAGUUCUAUUCCGUGGUGUCAAUGGGACAUGUGCUCAUGAAUUCAUUAUUGAUUUGAGGGGAUUUAAGAAUACUGCUGGAGUCGAGCCUGAAGAUGUUGCUAAACGUCUUAUGGACUAUGGAUUUCAUGCACCUACUAUGUCAUGGCCUGUUCCGGGAACACUAAUGGUUGAGCCAACCGAGAGUGAAAGCAAGGCAGAAUUAGACAGGUUCUGUGAUGCACUCAUCUCUAUCAGGGAAGAAAUUUCUCAGAUUGAGAAAGGGGAGUUUGAUCUUAGCAAUAAUGUUCUGAAGAAUGCUCCUCAUCCGCCACAUGUGCUUAUGGCGAAUGAGUGGAAAAAACCAUACUCUAGGGAAUACGCUGCUUUCCCUGCUCCGUGGCUGAGAACUGCCAAAUUCUGGCCAUCAGCAGGGCGGGUUGACAACGUGUAUGGCGAUCGCAACCUCACUUGCACUCUUCCACAGAUGGUUGAGGAGCAGCAGCAGGCUGCAGCUGCCUCUGCUUAAAAGAUGGCAUGCAGGCAACAUUCCCCUCACACGAUGACACAGUACUGGAAGUAUAUACAAGGAAGACCACAUUUCUAUGGGGGUUCCCUUAUAGUACGAAUUACUGUUUUUUUCUUUCUUUUUACAUCGAUGAUGCUUUGCUUUGACCCGCUGCUCUGUUUACAAUUGUUUAUAAAUAAUCCUCCCCCCAUUUCGAACACCAAAUCGCAAAGCAUUGAUUCUUGGGACCGACCGAUUUGUAAUUCUCGAGUUUUCACACAUAGGCCCCACAAUUAUUAUUUCAUAGGAUCCAUAUCAAAUGUUAUUCGUUAUAACUUGCACCCCAUUACUAAUAACUAGAGGAUGUUCAUCCACUACCUUCUCAUGGACUCGUGCAAUUACUUCAUUUGAUCCAUCUUAAAUAUUUU